AUGGCUGCAGGUGUAAUCCGGCCCCUCUGCGACUUCCGGCUGCCUCUGCCCUCACGGGGGCCCUUCCUGCCCUCUGACCCUGAGCCCCUGGACACUUCGGAGGAAGAGGAGGAGGAGGAGGAGGAGGAGGAGGAGGAGGAGGAGGAGGAGGAGGAGGAAGAGGAGGGGCAGCAGCCCGGUGUGCUGGCCUCGGUCCCACGGAGCAGCCCUGAGCCGCCACCCAUGCAGCUGCUGCGUUUCUCUGAGCUCAUCAGUGGGGACAUCCAGCGCUACUUUGGCCGCAGGGACACGGGCUGGGAACCUGGUGCUAGUGACGGCCAUGUGGACAGCAGCGCGGGCCCUGGGCUUCGGGUUCGAGCCCUGGCGCUGGGGGAGAGCGAGGCGGCAGAGCCAGGGCUCCACUCUCCGGGGGGUCCUGAGGGGCAGCCCCUGGGGCCUCUGGCGGAGCUCUUCGACUUCGGGCUGCGAGGGUGUGCUGGGCCCAGGGCAGCUGGCCGCUGGCUGCGGUUGCAGCGCAAAUACGGCCACAUCACACCCAUGGCCCAGCGCAGGCUGCCCCCAUCUUUCUGGAAGGAGCCAGAGCCCAGCACCCUGGGCCUGCUGAACCCACACCCGCCCGACUUCAGUGAUCUGCUGGCCAGCUGGUCCACCGAGGCCGGCCCGGAGCCGUCAGCUGGGGGCACCCAGGCGUUGGAGGCUGAGCACUAGGCGAGGGACAGUGUGCCACCUCAGACCCCCUCCCCACCCCCGGGGGCUGACACACGACAUGCCCAUGAAGGCCUCCGAGCAGCGAGAGCCUGGGACCAGUGCGCCGAGGAACGUCUGCCCACAGGAGCUGUUGUUUUAUUUGGGGGGCGG